AUGAAGUUGAUCCUCUCCACCUCCAAUCUCAUGCAGGGCGGUAGGCCAUCUGUGAUUCGCCAGCCUCUGACGCAAAAAUCCAAUAUUGAGCUGAUCACAUCCCUCCGCUCCAACUUCCUCGCCUCCCAGCAGUUCCAAGGCAACGGCACGGAGUCGCGCGCAAAUGGACAUACCAAUGGGGACGCGAAUGGGAAUUCGAAUGGCUCCAGCAGCGACCUCAAGCACCACCAGGACCAUCGCUCAUGGACCGGGAACGCCGCCGGAGAUCUAUACAUCCCUGCGAUCGACUUUUCACAGCCCGGACUUUCAGAGGAACGGGAUCAAUACGAUAUUACCGUGAAGCUGUUCUAUCUACCGGGGAUCCCCGCGUCGAGGCGAUGCGCACACACCAGGGAGGCCAUUGAUUUGGUAUUGAAGGAGCUACAUGUGAAGUCUAUCGAUUUGCUGAUCGUCUCGUUCCCGGGGAUUCUCUUCGAUGCAGACGACGACAGCGAGGACGAGGAUAACGAAGUCAGUACCGGCGAGCCCGCCGACGAUUUCGACAGUAUGGUUCAAACAUGGCGGGUCUUGGAAUCCCUGCAUGAGCAAGGCAUGAUUGCCCAGCUAGGUGUGGCGGAGUUUGGCAGUGAGCGCUUGGCUCGAUUCCUGCCUCACACCAAGGUGAAGCCCUCCGUUGACCAGAUCAAUCUCAAGGACUGCUGUGUUGUACCCAAGUCCUUGAUUUUAUACGCCAAAGAGGAGAAGAUUCAACUCCUCACCCACAACGACUGCAAUGAUAUCCUUCCCGUCGGCACGACGAGGGAACUCCUAGGCCCUGGCGAGAGGGGUGCGGGAAUCCUGGCCUCUACGCCAGAGGGAAGUGAUGGCAUUCAGGGUGACGUCGAGCCACAGUGGGUGGUAAAGUAUACAGCCGUGGUGAAGGAUCGGGGAGUAGUUGAAAACAAAGGGUAUUUCGCACUGGCGGACGUGGGCACAUGCGUCAAGAACCGGUCGUGA